AUGGAAUCCCAAAACAACAGUGAAUCCUCGGGGCAAAAGACCAAACCUACUGAGGAACCCGCAUCCAAGUGCUGUUUUGUGAUAACCGUGGGAAGUGAUGGACUAAUCGAAAUUAGUUCCCACAAUCCAGACUCCAAAGUUGAACAAAAUGGAAUAGGCAGUGAUGACUCCACAUCGACGAACGAGCCUUCGGUGUCUAAGAAGCAGCGCUUCAGCAUAGCCGUUCUUAAAGAGGAUUCCAAUGAAACCGUUGAUAGUCCAUCUAAAACUCCCGAGAAGAUCAACACUAAUGUCGAAGUGCCAGAAGAAACGACGAAAACCGAAGUUUUGCCCCGUUUCGUAAAGAUCUGCAAUAAAGAUCUGGCAAAUAGGCCUUCAUUCGUGGUUCUCGAAGAUGCUUUGGCCAGAGAUCGUAUUAAACAAGAUCUGGAGCAACCCAAGUUAGACCAAGACCAGAAAAGUACCCAAGUUGAAGCUGAGACAGGAGAAAGUUGUCCCAAUAAGAGUAUGGCAUCCACAAAUACCGAGCUUAAAGAUAAUGCAGUACCACCUCUUCGGAAGUUAUCCAUGCGAACGGCAGCUCAAGUUCGACAAAAACUGUCUGCCUUAAACGCUAAGCAAACGCAAUUGGUUUCUGAAACAAGAAAAAAAGCUGACAACAGUUUGCGUGGUCAGAAACAGCAGCAAUAUCAGCAGAAACAGCAGCAACAUUACCCGACACAGCAGCAAUUUCAGCCACAGCAGCAACAUCAGCAGCCCCUCGGCAAUAAUUCUCCGUAUGUGACCAUCAGUUUCUUACCUCUGAAUCAGACGAGAGCCACGUCCAACAGUCCUGUGAUGUAUCCUUGCCAGCAAUUCCUGAGUGCUGCGCCGAGCAACAUGUCGUGUUGCUCCUGCUGCAGCUGCAGCAAUUGCUGUCCGCCAAGGGCAACGCAAGUCUGUCAAAUGCCGAUGAUGGCCAAUGGUUGCUGUCAGUUUCCAAAUGCGGUUUAUGGCAGCAACUGCUGCAUGUUGAAACCACCGGAUAGCUUUCCAAAUAGCGGAUCCUGUUGUCCUUUAUCGGAUCCUUCGAUGAGAUUUGGCGGGCAAUGCAGUCAGCACACGAUACAUCCCAUAAUGGUAACUUCGAACUGCGCACUGCAGCAGCAGCAACCAAAUAUUCCGAUUGCUGGGGGUUUUGGCUGCAACCAUUGCUCCCCCUUCAGGAUGCAUCCAUAUCCCCAUCAUCCCUGUUGCCAUUGUCCAGGGUUCCUGAACCACGAACAGAUGUACCAAUCGCAGCAGCAGCAGCAACAACCUCCUUGUGUUUGCUGCCCCCUAAAACCAAAUCAGCCACCUAAUCCGCCAUCCAAAGGAGUAAAGGUAUUGAAAGCCACUGAAAAACCGAUCAAUUGUGAUGGAGUUAAGCAUAUAUUUAGCAAGAAGCCAAGUGAGAUUCCAAAAACACAGACAAAGGAGAUGUUUAAGUACCAAGUUGAUCAAGAAAACAAAAAUAAAUCGAGCAAUGAGGCACCUCGAUCGAUUGGAGGUGCUGCAACUUCAAUGACCAAUUCCAAUUGCACCUCAUUGUAUGUGGCUCGAUUUGGAAAGACUUGCUUGGUGCUGAGACCCAUAAGAACCGCUAUAAUGCCACGACUUUUGACCAAGCGAAUCAGUCGCUAUACCUCGGUGAUAGCCUGGCCCGCAAAAAAU